AUGGGCGAUCUUGAACGUACAAACCACGAUUUGGUUCAAGAUCAAAAGAAAUUGAAGGAGGGGUAUGCUGAACUCGAUCGUACAAACCGUGACCUGCUUCGCGAUCAAAAGAAGAAAGACAUCGAAUGUCAAGUCAGAAUCCACAGAUUGGAAGACGAUCUCGAAUUGGCCCACGGUGACUACGAAGAACUAGUUCGCAACCAGCAAGAGGCUUCGUUUAAGCAGAUGAGCAAAGGACGAUGGCUUCCUAUGGAAGAUAUCACAGUGGUUUGCAAACUUGAUGGAAUCAAAAGAGAAAUCCGAAGCUGGGCAAGAGCAGCCGCAGUAAAAAGUACAGAAAUUCUUGAGAAAGUCGACCGUCCCGAGCUCAGCGGCUUGCUGGAGAGUUUGUCACACGUCGCUGUGCUUGAAAACAGACAGCUUCCAAGAGGACUAUCAACACCAAAAUCUCCAGCACUCUUAUUAAACGCACUCCUUGCGCAUCAUCUGUACACAACCAUUUUCCGAAGCCCGUUUUUCUUCCUUGUGGACGCACGCGGCAAUGAUUCUUGCCAAGCUGGAGGUUUUGAACUGUUACGUUGGAUCUAUGAACAGGCGCAAAAUUCCAACGCAGAAGAUGCACACAAUUGGAGGAGUCAAACUCUACGAUUGCUACUGCCUGCCCCAGGAACAAACUCUACAGAAGGCGAAAGUCGGCUACACAUCUCAUCAAUGCAAAUCAUCGCCGAUGUCUCCCAGACCCAGGCUUCGAAUUUUGUUGAAUUGGGGUCAGCUCGAUAUCUUCUUGAUCCCAGCAGCAACCACGAAGAGAUGAAGACAAAGCUCAGGGAUAUCUAUCAGGACGCCGCAAAUCUGUCUUGUUGCCUAUGGACUCAAAAAACCACACUGGAAUGCUGUACCUUGCAAGAGAUGCAACGCCUGAAAAACCUUGCCUUUGACGCCGACAGUGAAUAUCUGAAGCCGCAUACAUUAGUUAGAUAUGAUGAGCAUGAGGACCAUUUAAAGGGCAGGCCAAUCACGUUAAUUGUUCACCCUCUCCUCCUCGCUUACGGCACCGAUGAAGGCAAGGACUAUGGUAGCAAGAGAAUUUGGGCCAGUGCGGAAGUAUGGCUUGAUAGCAAGUCAGGUUAA